AGCCUGCCCCAAAAUCCAACACCAACGCUCCCGGCGCACGUUAUCGCACUCCGCCUAAAACCUCCGCCAGUCCCAUCUCUUCGUUCUUCAUCCACUACUCCGAUACAAACUACACUCCUCCGACUGAGUCUUCCCACCCGGCAGUCCCAGCCGUCCGAUCCGCCGGAAAUGGACGUCCUGUUCGACUCAAUCAACGUCCGAGAGCUCCUGUCGGCGCAGGACCUCAGCGACCCCACGACCCCUCUGUCUGCGCCGGAUCUCCGCCUCCUCAUCCAACGCCUCGACUCCCACUCGCUCCAAAUCAAGUCUAAAAUCCAAUCUUACCUCCUCUCUCACCACCAGGAGUUCGCCAACCUUUUCUCCGUCUGCAACGACGCCGUUUCGCGCUCCAACCAAAUUUCCGACGACGUCGUCCAGCUUCUGAGUUCAAUUUCCGACCGCCCCAUCGAGGCGGAGAUUGGGCAGAUUAUGAAGCAGAUGAGCGCCACGACGAAAGAGGCGAGGGAGAAGAAGGCGUUGUUGGAGUUGGUGAGGGCAAUUCUGGAAAUAAGUGAAAGGUUGAAGGGCGCCAGUGAGGGGUUGAGGAAUGGACGGCUGAGGUUCGCCGCCCAGGAACUGAGGGAGCUGAAGAAUGCUCUUAGGGUUUCGGAUGAUGCUCGGGUUGAUGAGGGAGAGCCUGUGGUGUACAGAUUGCUGAGGAAGGAGUGGUCAGAGUGCUUUGAGGAGAUUCAAGAAGUGCUUGUGAGGUUCAUCAGAAAUGCGGUGCGGUUUGAGCGGGAAUCGAAUAGAAUCUGUGUCAAGUAUGUACUUAGCAUUGAUGGAAACGAUGGGUUUGAGCUCCGCACCGUUUUGGAAGCUUUGGAUGUAGUCGGCAUUUUGGAUUAUGGUCUUGGUAAAGUUGCCGACUUGAUGAUCAAGCAUGUCAUCUCCCCGGCUCUAAAUUUUGGAGCUCCUGUAUCCUUUGUAGCUGAAGUAAAUCAAGACUCACAAGUUCUGACUGAGGCGAUACUGAACAUUGUACCAUCAAAUGAUCCUAAGAUUGAAAAAAUGGAUGGUGAGACUAUCUACUCAGGGAUUAUUCAGGUUAUCAAGUUUAUUUGCAACUACAUCUGCCUUCAAGAUGAGUCUUGGAUUCGAUGCUUUGGGAGAUUGACAUGGCCAAGGAUUUCAGAGUUAAUUAUUUCUAAAUUUCUUUCUAAGGUUGUUCCUGAAGAUGCUUCAAAACUUGCUGACUUUCUUAAGAUCAUUAGUUGUACUUCCGAAUUUGAGACUGCUUUAAGCGAAAUGAAGUUUAUUUCAGCAUCUGAUAACAGAGAUAACCAGUUGAGCAAGUUUGCUGAAAAUGUCGAGGUUCACUUUGCAUCCAGGAAGAAGUCGGAGAUCUUGGCAAAAGCCAGAAAUCUGCUUCUACAAUGUGAUUUUUCUGCUCUUCAAGAGUAUCCAAGGAAUAACAAGAAUGAUCUGGAUGCUGCCAAAUCUCCAGAGCUUGUUAACUUGCUAUUCCUGUCAGGGAAGUGUGUGGUGUCCAAAGCAGCGAUUGAACUAAUGAAUCUAGUGCACCAGACACUUACGGAUGUUUGUGUGUCAUCCCCCAGAGUUGCUUUGGAGUUCUAUCGGGCUGCUAGGGAUGCUCUGCUUCUCUAUGAAGUCGUGGUUCCUGUCAAGAAAGGCAUCUUGAUGGAAUCAACCAGGUUGCUGUUCUUAUGCAAAAUGAUUGCCUUUAUCUAUCUCAGGAGAUACUGGGGCUUGCUUUUGAGUUGUACGCUUUUGUUCCAGUAUCGCUCAGACUUUCCAAGUUCCAUCAAAGAACAUGCUAUGUUUGUUGAUAUGGCUCCAAGAUUCCAUCUUAUGGCGGAGGAAAUACUGCAGAGACAAAUUCAACAUGUUAUUCGUAGUUUGAGAGAGGCUCUAGAUGGCGCUGAUGGAUUUCAGAAUACCCAUGAAAGGCAGCAAUUUCAAUCUGCAAGUUGGAGUAUAGAUCAGGUUGUUUUGAUUGUGGACAAAGUACGUUUGAUAUGGGAGCCGAUCCUGUUGCCUUCAACUUACAAGAGAAGCAUGUGUAUGAUUCUUGAAUCGGUUUUUUCCAAGGUCACAAAAGACAUACUCCUUUUAGAUGAUAUGGCAGCAGAAGAAACAUUACAGCUUCAAAGUCUGAUUCAUUUGAUGCUGGAGAGCCUAAUUUCUUUGCUGGAGUCCCUGGCUGCUCUCCAAGUAGAGAAGUCCCAAGAGGGCAUCACUUGCACCCUUGACGAUCACAUACCUUCGUUAUGUAAAAUUCGUAAAUUGGCAGAAUUAUUAGAUAUGCCCUUAAAAUCUGUCACAACGGCUUGGGAAAGUGGAGAAUUGCGCAGUUGUGGUUUUACGUCGUCAGAGGUAGAAGAUUUCAUCAAGGCCAUAUUUGCAGAUUCACCAUUGAGAAAAGAAUGCUUAGCGAGGAUCAAAGGCGAAUGUCAGAGAAGACGGGAAAACGAGCGUACGUAGACACUGGGGCUUGUAUAGGUGAUUCGCGUUGCUGUGGAUCCGAUACGAGGGAUUAGGUACCACAUGGUUAAAAUGUGAUGCAUCUUGACCCUUUUUUUCUUUCUUUUCUGGAUUUGGAAUCCAAUGGAUCACUGUAAGCUGCAAAAUUUUGGAUUUCAAAUUUUCAAUGAUAUGCAAGAAUCUAGUUUCUCCCCA